AUGAUGGCCGACACAUUCGAUUUCGACGCCUUCAUCUCGUCGCCUUCACAGGCAGACGUCGUCGCUCCUCCUCCUGUCGCACCAACCAACACCACCGCUGCCAACCCCGCCUCCGAUAUUUUCAAGAUCAAUGGCACAGCCCCGGACCCCUCGCUCUUGGGCGCUCCUUCCAACGACAUGGCCUCCUCCUUCUCCGACCAAGGCCUGAACGGUGGCAUCGACAUGAUGCCCGCCUCAUCCCUCAUGGGUCCAUCCGACUCCAUGAUGUACGCCACCGACUAUUCCGAGUCGUUUGGAAACGACCUGAUGGAUGCGUGGGACAUGAACGACCCCGCCAACGCCGCAAACCCCUCGUCGGCCUUCGACUUCGGCUCGGUCAAUGCUCCAGACUCGGUCGCUCCGUCCGGGGAUGCCGCCCUCAACGGUCUCAACGCUUCCCCAUUCGUACCUCGCGCUCGAAACGGUCAGGCCUCCAUGCCCAUGGCAUCCGCUGCUGCGGCUGCCAGUCCCGCUGCCGCCAAUGCCGCCAAGACGGCCCGCGACGUUACCUCGUCGUACCGCGACCAGAUCGCCGCUCACCACUCGCAGCUCAUGAGCACCAGCACCAAUUCUGGUGUCCACGGCGGCGGUAGCCGGAGCACCUCGUCCAUCCCACGUGUCACCACCUUCAGGCGCGCACAGCCGCCCAUCCAUCGUGGCGUCACGGCUCCCAACGCUGCCAGGGCCAACCUCAGCCUGCAGGAACGUCGUCGCCUCUCGCGUCAGGCUGCCAAGCAGCAGGGCUUGCACUCGGCACACGCCCAACACGCCAACAGCGCAAUGGCUCCGGGUGCGCCCACGUCGGCCUUCACGCCCAUGGCCGGCCGAGGUGCCAAGCGUGGCAUGAGCAGCGACGAUGGCCACAUCUCCAGCAGUCCGCUCCAGCCCGUGCCUGCGCCCCCCACGCGCACCGUCUCGUUCAUGAACGACUCCUCGGGCUCCUCGGUCUCGUCCACCGGCCUCUCGCCCCAAAAGAUGCUCGACAGCCGUGCCUCGAGCUUCAUGCACAACGGCGCCGGCCCGCUCGGCACGCUUGCAGGCGGCCUGGACCAGGCUCCGUCGUCCGUGUAUCAGGGUAACUUCAACACGACGUCGGGCGAGGCCGUCGCCACCGCCAACAAGUACUCGACCUCGGGCGUCGAUGUGCUCGGCAUCCUCUCGCGCGCCAUCACCCGUCCCAACCCGAGCAUCGCGCUGGGCCCCGUCGACCUCUCGUGCUCGUUCGCCAUCUCGGACGCGCGCCAUCCCGAGCAGCCGCUCAUCUACGCCAGCGAGACCUUCUGCCACCUCACCGGUUAUACGCUCCACGAGAUCCUCGGCAAAAACUGCCGCUUCCUCCAGACCCCCGGCGCCGCGCUCGAGGCGGGCACCGAACGUCAGCACACGGACAACCGCGCCGUCGAGCACCUCAAAAGGCAUCUGACCGGAUUCCGCGAAUGCCAGGCGAGCCUCAUCAACUAUCGCAAGGAUGGCAGCCCGUUCAUCAAUCUCGUCACCGUCGUUCCCGUCUCGUGGUCCGACCCUGGCCAGGUCGACUUCCUCGUCGGCUUCCAGGUCGACCUCGUCGAGCAGCCCGGCGCCAUCCUCGAGCGCAAGGAGGACGGCUCGUACCUGGUCAACUACCGUUCCAUCAACGAUCCGCCCCCGUCGGCCAUCAUGGGCUCGGAAGAGAUGACCAAGGACGCCGACGCCGAAGCCUCGAAGCAGGCCGCCAUCGCCGCCGACAUCCUCGACCUCAUGCAUGGCGUCGGUCCGUGCGAUGCCAAGCAGUGGUCGCGCGUGCUGCUCGAAAAUUCGCACGACCUCAUCUACGUGCUCUCGCUCAAGGGCACCUUCCUCUACGUGUCGCCGUCGAUCGAGCGCAUCCUCGGCUUCACCGCCGAAGAGGUGAUCGGCAAAUCCAUCUCGGAGUUCUGCCAUCCGAGCGACGUCGUGCCCGUCUUCCGCGAGCUCAAGGACUCGACGAGCAACGCCAGCAUCGCCGCCGCUGCCUCGCGCAACAUCCGCACCGAAGGCGUCGCCAAUCCGCUCACCAAGGGCGGCGGAGGCCAGGCGGGCCCGCGCGUCAAUCUGAUCAUGCGCAUGCGCCACAAGCACGACGGACACCGCUGGAUCGAGAGCACGGGCAAGUUGCACCUCGAGCAGGGCAAGGGCCGCAAGGUGGUCAUCUCGAGCGGCCGCCCGCGCCCCGUGUACAACCUGGCGUGGGAGCACGUGCGCCGCGGCGCCGAGUCGGCGCAGCCGUCGUUCUGGUCCAAGCUCUCGAUCGACGGCAUCUUUCUCAGCACGACGGGCCCCAUCGCCGAGGUGCUCAACUGCGACAGCAAGGACAUCUUUGGGCGUCAUCUGCUCGAGUUGACCAACUACGAGGCGGCACCAUCGCUGCUCCAAGCACUACGCAGCAGCCAGGCGAUGAGCGUGUCGCACUUUAUGGGCGACGGCGCCACCAACACGACGCCCGUGUUUUCGUCGUUCUACCCAUCGUCGGCCGCCGCGGGUCCGGCGCUACAGACGGUGUUUGUGCACGUGCAGCGUGCGUCGGCGGAGAGCUCGUGGAUGAUCCCCAACGUGGCGUAUCCCAAGGGCGGGCCGCAGCCUGCAUUCGACACGACGGGCACAAGCGUCGACUCGCUCACGUCGGUGUUUGCCGAGCUGUCGACGUAUCGCAGCUCGUCGUGGGUGUUUGAGAUGCAUCAGCUCAAGAAUGUCAACCGUCGACUCAAAGACGAGAUUCGGGCGUUGCGCCGCCAGUCGCGCGACCACUUUGGCGGUGCGGCGGGCGGCGUGGCGACGAACGGCGUGCAACUCUCGAAUCCGCAGAGUCCGACGUCGGCCGUGGCGGGUGGACGGAGGCACAGCGCACACAUGGAGCCGAUGUCGUUCAGCAACGGUCAGGUGUCUGCGGUGCCGCACAUCCAGACGCCGAGCCCGAUCAAGCGGCGUCCGGACCACGGCCACGGCCACCGGCAGCAUCUGCGUCCGUCGGCGACGCUGGCGUAUCUGCACGCGGGCAGCAGCACGGACCGGGGCAGCAGCAGCAGCUCUGGCUCCGAGAUCUCGCCGUUUGGCGAGCGCGCGCCCAACGAGCGUCGGUCGGGCUCGGGCGAUGCGUCGGACGAGACGGCGGCCACGACGACGACUUCGGGCGACACGUCGGAGAAGGACGGCUCCAACCACGGCAGCGGCACGGGCAGCGGGAGCGAGAGCCGACGCAAUUCGGGCUCGGCCGAGGCGUAG